UCUAUCAAUUUUUCCAACAAACCAGUAAUCUUCAUCAUGCAACCAUCCAUUGUUCUUUUCCUCGCCGGCAUCGUUGCCGUGGCCAAUGCCAGUUAUGACGCCAUGCAGCCUCGCAGCAACGUCUAUUCCAACACGGUCUUCUCUGGCACCAGCUGCACCGGCUCAUCCACCAGCUUCGUGGCUGCUGAUGGCCACAGCUGCACCACCAUCCCCGGCGGUGCCGACAGCAUGCUCGUGGACAAUCUAGGCGGAUGCUCCACCAACUUCUUCCAGUCUACCGACUGCUCCGGUGCCCCGACUCAUAUCGCCGAUGCGAACGAUUGCGUCGGCUUUGCGGACGGCAGCCGGCUUGGCUCCUACACUACCGAUUGCUAAACGCGAUAAAAGCCUUAUAGUGGAGUGCAGUGAUUGCGGUGGUAGGAUGGAUGGCAUGGCAAAUGGUUGGAAGCGGGAAGUGGUCGAGAAGGAGCGCUAGACCUCACUAAAUCCGUUCGUUAUAGAUAGUUAUUUGUAUUUUGGUUUAAUCUUAUUCGGUUCGGU